ACAAAAACCGAGCAGAAGGCAUGAUGCUACCAUGGACAAGAAAACAGUACUUACCUUCGCACCAGGACUUCAUAAUAUGCCCGAUCAAUGGUGAUAUGUGACUCCAUGAUGUUGGACGCACGGCGCGGAGAAAUAUGAAAAGCUGGAGGUUUGUGAGUUUGAUGUUUUGGGUGGGCAUGCGAGGGGCACGUCAGAUAGAAAAGGAAACGGAUCUUCCCACGUCUAGUCGAAAGUCUCCCGUCCCGUCUGAACCCAAACAUGCGCCUGAGGCGUUCCGGCAGGUGUUAAUGUUCGAAGCUUCCCGUCCACUUCCCGUACCCCUCCAUCCGUUAGAAGUGCAUUCACUGCAGUCACCUCAAACCGAAGUGACAGGCAGAGAGCUACAGACGAUCCGCAGUGCGGGCAGGUGCUGCAACCCACCAAAACAUGUACCCCCAGAAAAGCAGCCAAGCCCGCUACAGUAGUGAAGGCAUAUAUCCUCACGUGCGACAUGGAAGCCUCAACUUCAAAUGCCAUCAAAAGGAGAGGGGUCCGGAACUUGAAUCAAGCCAAACCGCUGAUCCGCGCU